CAGGUGGAUUUCAUCGACUUGAUGGGUGUUCAUCGUGGUUCGUGAGACGCGUGGAUGGAACUCAACUCUGAUGAGGCCUUUGCUGAAGACUGGGGAGCAUGUAAAAAAAUUAAGACAAAUUACAUUACAACAUGAAGAUGUGAAACCAUUAUGAAUAGGCCGGACACAUUGCCUCCUGAAAAUAAGGCUUGACCAUUAUUGAUAAUCCACAUGCCUACCCUGCUUCUAUGUCAGUAUGUCACUACCACGCUGCAAACAUGGAAGCCGGACCCAGGCGGACCACACUUACAGCCUCCACUGGUUGCCCUUGGAUACAAGCAAUGGGAAAACGCCUCAAAGGACAUUGUGUGACUUUGGGUUAUCAGUGACUAACGUGCGCAGCAUCUCCAAGGGUAAAGUGGUUAGCUUCCUGAUGGGCUUGACUCUGAUGUUCCUCAUCAUGGCUUCCCACAUCCUGACGUGGGACAGGAAGCGGCUUUUUCUCACCCCCCCACCCCAUCAGCCCGUCAGACCCGUGGCCGUCCCGAACGGCACAGUAGCAGCCGGUGAUCUGUCGGAAAAUGUUCUAAUAAACAUGGAACUGUUGGUUAAGAUCAUCGGCUCCAAACUGGAAUACAAACCCAGGAAGGUGCCUGAAGAAAAGGACGUCAUUGGAACAAACUCCCACUUGUUUUCUGUCGUUCCUCGCCAUUUUCUGCCUGGCAUCAAGAGCCCCUGCUGGUACGAGGAGUUCUCAGUCGAGCCCGGCGCCGACCCCUACGAGGGGAACCACUACGCUCUGCGCACAAAGAGUUUCAAGGCCGUGUGUGACCUGCUGAGGGCCGACUUUCACAAGCACCUGCACCCCCGAGGGGGGAAACUGUUUCGCCUGCGCUGCUUGCCGUUCUUCUACAUCGUCGGCCAACCGAAGUGCGGCACCACGGACCUGUUCUACCGGCUGCGGCUGCAUCCUGAGGUCAAGUUCAACACGAUAAAGGAGCCGCACUGGUGGACCAGGAAACGCUUCGGUUAUAUCCGUUUCAAAGAUGGCUACCAGGAAAACUUUCCUGUGCAAGACUACCUGGAUCUGUUUGACUUGGCAGCCCACAACAUCGAAGAAGGAAUCAGUGGAAAUUCAUCUGGAGACCACCGCGCACUCAUAACAGGUGAAGCCAGUGCAUCGACUAUGUGGGACAACCAAGCCUGGAGCUACCUUCACAAAGACCAGGAGGAGCCCGAGCCCCCCUUCCUGGCCCAGGACGUCAUCCACACAGUCCAGCCCGGCGCCAAAAUCAUCAUCAUGCUUAGGGAUCCAGUGGAGAGACUCUAUUCUGACUACUUGUACUUUAAGAUGGCCAACAAGUCCACCGAGGACUUCCAUCAGAAAGUCGUGGAAUCCGUGCAGUUGUUUCAGUCCUGCCUUUCUGAGAGGUCACUCCGAACCUGCGCCUACAACACCAGCCUCUGCAACGCAAUGCCGGUGAGGCUAAAUUUGGGGAUGUACGUUGUCUUCCUGCUGGACUGGCUGGCAGUUUUCCACAGUGAGCAGAUUCUAGUUCUUCGGCUCGAGGACUACGCAUCCAACCUCCAAAUGACCAUCCAUAAAGUUUUUGAUUUCCUCGCAUUAAGUCCUCUUUCGGAGCAAAGCGAGGCAGCGUUGUACCAACGGCCCAAAUCCAACGCCCGGCGGAGGGCAGACAGGAUCCUGGGACAUAUGCUUCCUGCCACCAGUGAGCUCCUCAGGGAAUUUUACCAACCCUUCAACCAUAAACUGGCCGGCGUGUUGGACAACAAAGACUUCCACUGGAGUAACACCUGAUUAGGAUGUUAGCAUGCACCAGAAUGUGCACGUUUGUGAAUGAAACACCGGAGAAAAAAAGGCUAAAGCAGGGAUGCCACAAAUAGAAAUAGAUGUACAUUGGGAGAAAGCACAAACCGGUGUAUAAUUAUGUGGGGUCAUAUGAAGGUCUGACUAAGUACGAGUUUUGUUGACGAUACUUGUGCGCUCUGGAAAGAAUGGGUCAGGAUCAGAAGAAAUUUAAGCAGAAUGUGUGUUUUAAUUUGGCGCCAUGUGUGGAAAAGCCGUUUUAUCGCUGCUUUAUCUGCAGUGAUUUUUAAGUUUUUCAAUUAAUUAAAAUUUUUGAUUGAU